AUGCCUGCGCCUGCGCUGCGCGCUCCCGCGGAUGCAGUGCGAGUGAGCGGGGCGCUGCGGAGCGGCUCGCACCGCCGGCCGCGCGCCAUCACGAGGCGCAGCAUCCCUGAGGGCGUGGCUGGCGGCGCAUCCGUGGGCCAGGCCGAGCCGGCCGCGGAGGGCGACGCGUUCGCCCAGCUGGUCAACAUGGCCGUCGAGAAGGACCCCAGUCUCCGCGAGAAGGCCCAGCAGUCCCUGGCGUCCCACAACGCGCGGCCAGCGGCCGCCAAGCCCCGGAAGCCCUCGUGGCUGCGCCAGCGGGCGCCCCAGGGCGACAAGUACGAGCACCUGCGCGACCAGCUCGGCCCCGGCGGCCUCCGCCUCGCCACCGUGUGCCAGGAGGCGAUGUGUCCGAACAUCGGCGAGUGCUGGAACGGCCCCACCGCGACGGCGACCAUCAUGAUCAUGGGCGACACCUGCACGCGCGGGUGCCGGUUCUGCGCCGUGAAGACCUCCCAGACGCCCGAGCCGCUCGACCCCACGGAGCCGGAGAGCACCGCGCAGGCCGUUGCGUCGUGGGGCGUUGGCUACGUCGUGCUGACGUCAGUGGACCGGGACGACGUGCCGGACGGGGGCGCCGACCACUUUGCACAGACGGUCAAGGCGAUCAAGCGCGCAGACCCGAACAUCCUGGUGGAGUGCCUCGCGCCGGACUUUGUGGGGAGCGAGGAGCACACGCGGCACCUCGCGCGGUCGGGCCUCGACGUGUACGCGCACAACGUCGAGACGGUGCGGCGUCUGACGCCGCGGGUGCGGGACCCGCGCGCCGCGUACGACCAGAGCCUCGAGGUGCUGCGGCACGCGAAGAAGGAGGGCGUGUACACCAAGACGAGCCUCAUGCUCGGCCUGGGCGAGACCCACGAGGAGAUCAGGGAGGCGAUGCGGGACAUCCGCGACGCCGGCGUGGACAUCAUCACGUUCGGGCAGUACCUGCAGCCCACGCCGCGCCACCUGGAGGUGGUGGAGUACGUCACCCCGGAGGACUUCGACCACUGGAAGCGGUACGGCGAGGAGGAGCUGGGGUUCCGGUUCGUGGCGUCGGGGCCGCUCGUGCGCAGCUCGUACAAGGCCGGGGAGUUCUUCAUCGAGAUGAUGAUCAAGUCGGACCGGGGCGGGGCCGCGGGCGGCGGCGACCUGGCCGGCGCGGGCGCGCUGGUGCCGCCGCCUGUGGACGAGCUGUGA